GGACCCCGCCCCGCCCCUGGCCCCCCGGGGGCAGCCUCGGAGCUCUGCCUGCGGGGCCGGGCCGGGCGGGAGGAGCCGGGCAUCCAGGUUGCUGGAGGGAUCACAGUCCGAGCCGGGGCCGGGGCCGGGGCCGGAGCGGGGCCCAGCAGAGGCCAGCUCGGCCCCCCAGGCCCGAGCCAUGUCGGCCCCUCGCAGCGGCUUCUACCGGCAGGAGCUUAACAAGACGCUGUGGGAGGUCCCCGAGCGCUUCCAGAGCCUGAGCCCCGUGGGCUCGGGGGCCUACGGCUCCGUCUGCUCUGCGUAUGACACCCACACUCGGCAAAAGGUGGCUGUGAAGAAGCUUUCCCGUCCCUUCCAGUCAUUGGUCCAUGCCAGGCGGACAUACCGGGAGCUACGGCUGCUCAAACACAUGAAACAUGAAAACGUCAUCGGCCUGCUAGAUGUCUUCACGCCAGCCACAUCCAUAGAAAAUUUCAAUGAAGUGUAUUUGGUGACCACUCUGAUGGGAGCUGACCUGAACAACAUUGUCAGGUGCCAGAAGCUAACAGAUGAACACAUCCAGUUCCUGGCAUACCAGUUGCUGCGGGGGCUGAAGUACAUCCAUUCGGCUGGAAUCAUUCACAGAGACCUGAAACCCAGUAACCUGGCUGUGAAUGAGGACUGUGAGCUGAGGAUCCUGGACUUUGGGCUGGCCCGCCAGACAGAUGAUGAAAUGACGGGUUAUGUUGCCACACGCUGGUACCGUGCCCCUGAGAUCAUGCUCAACUGGAUGCAUUAUAAUCAGACAGUGGACAUAUGGUCUGUGGGCUGCAUCAUGGCGGAACUCCUGAAGGGAAAAGCAUUGUUCCCUGGGAAUGACUACAUUGACCAGCUAAAGCGGAUCAUGGAGGUAGUUGGGACCCCCAGUUCUGAGCUGCUGAAGAAGAUCUCAUCAGAACACGCCCGAAAAUACAUUGAGUCGCUGCCCCACAUGCCCCAGAAGGACCUGAGAAGCAUCUUCCGAGGAGCCAACCCCCUGGCUGUCGACCUCCUGGAGAAGAUGCUGGUACUGGACAGUGACCGACGGGUCAGUGCUACGGAGGCCCUGGCACACCCCUACUUUGCCCAGUACCAUGAUCCUGAGGAUGAGCCCGAGGCUGAGCCUUAUGACGAGAGCAUUGAGAACAAAGAAAGGACCAUUGAGGAGUGGAAGGAGCUCACCUAUGAAGAGGUCAUCAGCUUCAAGCCCCCUGAGCUGCCAAUGGACGGCCUGGAGAUUGAGCCAUGAGGAGGCUGGGGGCCCAGGCACCACCCAGGCGGGGCUCAACCCCGAUGCCCAGCUUUUCCCAUCAGUAUCGCCCUCCCCAUCCUAGGGGGCACAGAGCAACCUCUCCGACCCUACAGCCUGAGGUGACCUCAUUCACUGGGGUCAGGUGUGGGGGCUCAUUUCAUGGACCAGAGGACAGUGUAUGGAUAAACAAGGAUGAGGAGGGAUACAAGAGGCACCCGAAGGACCCUACCCCACUCAGGAAUAGAAGUCAUGUGGGUAGGAUGGGGAAUCUAAAGGCAGGCAGGAUAUGUGGCCCCCAGGGCCCCAGGCCCAGCCUCCCUGUCCUCCGCCCACCUCUGGCAGACUUUUGGAACCCAGGGUUGGAGAGAGGCCAGAGCAUGAGUCCUCUGUGCCGGAGCCAGGGCCUCACAAAGAAGACCCCCAUCUUCUCUGGCCUGAAGCGGGUGGGGGGGGGGGGGAAGCUGUGUCCGGGCGUCUGGGUGUGGAGUUGAACAUGUAUGUCUGAACAACAUAUUUAUGUGGAUGAAAAUAGGCAAGCUGUGAGUGGAGACGAGCAUGUGGUUCCAGAGUACUCGCGCCCAGAGCGAGGGAGGUCUGCUAGCUCUCCCCUGUCCUUCUCAGACCUCUCUGGGUAUCGUGUUUAGGCCUGGGUGUCACAUUUUAGGAGGGACACUGAUAAGUUGGACAAAGGCCAGAGCAGGACACCCAGGAUGGUUACGAGGGCUGGGCAUGAGGCCAAAUGAGACUCGUAGAGGGACUGGGGGUAAACACCCCCAGUCUGGGGAAGAGAAGGCUUAGGAAGAACUGGAUACCCUCUCCACAUAUGUGGGAAGGGCUGUCAUGGUGAUAAUCUUAGCCCCAUGGGGCAGGACCAAGAGGCACAGGGGAGCAGAUUUCAGCUCCUUGUAAGGAUGAUCGGAGCUGACCCAGAAUGGGGCAAACUCCCAGAGAUCCUCAGGCUGGCGACCCCCCCACCCCACAAACACAUAAACACACACACAUUCCAGGAACUUGGAGAGCUAGCAGUUGGCUGACAGUCAGAAGCCAAGAAAAGAUCAUGAGAGACUCUAGAGCAUUGGGCCAAAUGAGUAAGAUGGAAUGUCACCAAAGAACAAACAUAAAGUUCUAUUCUUGGGCUCAAAAAAUCAAUUUCACAACUAUGAGAGCAGGAGAUAGCAAUUUGUCUGAAGAAGAUCUGGGGGGUUUAGUGGGUCACAAGCUCAAUGUGAAUCAGCUGAUGUGAUAGCCAAAACAUCUCAUGGGAUGUUGGCCUGAGAUCAGAGGAGCACAGUGUCCUGGCCCAGGAAGGUGAAGCUCUCCCUGUUCUCUGGUCAGGCCAUACCUGGACUCAGUUCUGGGCACCCAUUCUCAGGAAGGACAUCAGGAUGGCAAGGAGUCUACAAACCAUGGAGUCCAAAGAUUGUUUGGAAUAAGUCAGGAAUGGUUUUGUCCAAGAGGAGACAUCCUGGGGACAACUUCAUUCUGCUGGAUCCCAGAAGAGUAUUUUGGUUCAGUUAGGGGUUGGACUAGAGCUGCCUUCUAGUUCUGAGAGUGAUUCAAGUGCCUGCAUGGGGGCCUGUGUGGGUGCUGAUGGCCACCUGGGCCGGCCCUCAGGCUUCAGUCAGGGUGGGGGACAGGACACCCCACUCUACAUUAGGGGUAUGCUUUUUGGUGGCAUAGGGAAGGAACUGUGCUCCUGAGACCACCCCUAGGGGCUCCACCAUCUCAGAACUGUCUCCCCCAAGAAACUCUGAAUUGGAGUCACUUUUCUGUAUCUGUGCCCAGGAAAAUGGCUUCCUGGCUUUAGGGGCUUGGGGUCCCCGCCUCUUCCUGUGACAAGGGCAUCAUGGUCAUCCCCCCUGCAUCCAGGGGCUGGGAGGGCAGGUCUAAGAAAGAGGAGGACAGCCUCUGUUUCUCUGGCUCUCCUAACCACUGAAUUAGAAAACACCCAGAGGCCAUUUCUUCUGGGGUAGAAACAGGCUCCGAGUUGGCAUGUGUCCUGAUAGCUCGGAAAGCUAGAUGGGGUCGGAACCCAGGGGGUCCUUAGUGGCUGGCCAGCUGUCAGGGCACAGAGGAGGAGCAGCCCCAGGCCCUGCUCUCAGAGACUUUCAGGGUCCUUCAGGCUUAUUCCCUGACUUAGGGUUAGCCUGAAAACAAGGGAACCCAGCUGGGACUGGAGCAAGAGAAGCAGGAGUUUCCUGGAGGUUAGGAGCUGAGCCUUGGAGGUUUCUCGAGGCCAGGGCUGAGGCUGUUGUGUGGGUGAUAAAGGGGGUGUGAGAUGCCUUAGUUCACUGGAGGGCUGGAAGGGUCCCCAGUGCCCGGGGCCUGGGCUGGCCCAUCUCUGCUCCCUAAUAGAGAGGAGAUGCUCAGCUCCCGGAUGCUUGUCCAGUGGAGGGGAGGAGCCAGGUUGGCUCUGCCAAUGGCCUCCCCACUCCCCAGCCCUUUGGCUCCGACACACGCUCGCUCACUCAGGAGCAAAAGCCCUGGUGAGGACCUGGCAUGGGGAGGGGUGCGUGGAAGGCAGGAAAGCAACUGAGGAAGGAAACACCACCCUGGGGACGAGGGUGGCCUCUCCUCUCCCCUCAUGUUGCCCUUUGACCAGCAGGAAAGAAGACCUGAGCCACCCCCUCUGGGCAGCCAGGAAUGUGCAAGCCUCCUGGUAUGUGCACAUGUGAAGGGGUCUGGGAAAAUGUGUGUCCUAUGGGAGGUUUGGCCCCCUGUGCUGGCUGCAAGGUGGCUCCACCCGAGUCUGGGGGCCACUGUCAGACACGUGGCCUGGAUGUCACGGAUGAGAUUGAAGCAUGUACCCUGUUGCCUUGUGUGCCAGGCUUGGUGCCCACAAUCCCCGGAGUCAUCUUACAACAACAAGCCCAAGAGACAAAGUGAACUCCAGGACGGGUGGCAGGGCCUGGCUGGGGUUGGGGCCAAUGGCCGGAGGUGGGGGCUGGGGCCUGGUGGGCAUGAGGCCCAGGCCUGCCCCAGAGGAUCUGGUGACUGUAAGAGGAUCCUAGAGCUUGAGUGGGGCCUGCUACACCUCCCCUCCCCCCCCCCAGCCCCAUGCCCAUCAAUCAGUCAAUCCACAAGCAUUUAAUCAAUCAACAGGCAUGACCCAGCCAGCUGCACUGGGAGAGGUCAUCUAGGCCAACAGUCCCUCUCUCCUCUGCCCUGGUAGGGCCACACUGACAGGUCAGUAAGUCCAGUUCUGAGCAUUUCAGGAAGGAGGAAGAUAAUGUGGAGCAAGGAGCCAGGGCUGGAAAUGCAGGAUGGGAUGGAGGAACUAGGGAUAGGCAGCCCGGAAAAGAGAAGAAGCCUCCGAGGAGGUGGUUUCCAGGAUUAGAGGAGUGUCCGGUGGAGGAAAGAUUAGCCUGGUUCUGCUUGACCCUGGAGGGCAGGACAAGGAGGAGUCCCCCAUUGGGAACCAGGGCUUGUGAAAGUUGUGUGGACAAUGCAAUCCGACAAAUGGAUGGAGUAUAUGUGGACCUGAUGGUUCCCCCAGUAGAAUGGAAGCUCCAUGAGGGCAAGGGCCUUUCUGGUUUUGUCUGUGUAUCCUCAGUGCCUGGCACCUAGAAGGGGUUCAAUAAAUGCUUGUGGAUUGAUGGAAAA